AUGGAACCGUUACGGCGACAUAAAGUGAUAUCUGGUAAUAAUAGUAGUAGUAGUAAUGUUAUACUAUUUCUUUGCUGUGACCGCCCGCAGGUGUAUGCGCACGCGGGGGCGGCCUUGGACGGGAAGGUGUACAUUGCGUGCGGGAGGCGUGAGGAGGAGUACCUGAAGGAGCUCCAGUGCUACGACCCCAAGACGAACUGCUGGGACCCUCUACCCGACAGCCCCUUCCGGCGCGCAUGGCACGGCAUGGUGGCCAUGCUGGGGAAGCUUUACCUCAUUGGCGGAAACAACACCGACUCUGGAUUCAGGCAGGAUGUCCUUGAGGUGUCCUGCUACUCCCCGAAUUCAGCGCAAUGGACGACAGUCUCCCCGCUCAGGUUCGGACACAGCAAACCGGGCAUUGCGACCCUCGACCGCCGCAUCUACGUCUUGGGGGGCCAGUCCUUCAACCACGGGCGCCUCUCGGCCGCCGUCCACAUCUACGACGCGCUCCAGGACCGGUGGGAAGACGGCCCCUCCCUGGAGAACGACGUGUCUGGGAUCGCGGCCUGCACCCUCACCCUGCCCCAGGCGGUGGUCCUCGAUGUCCAGCGGUGGUCGCCAGACAGAUGGUGGCGCGAGGGCGGAGGGGACCUCUUUUCCUGAGGGCGGGAGCGUCUUGGACAAUGUCAAGGAACUGCGAUGGGUACCUGGUGGGAUUCUUGGGUUGUGCCUUCCUCUUCGUGGCCCUCCUUCUCCUAUCGGGAAAACAGCAUGGCAAAACUUAGCUGAUACUUCCUUGUUGUUUACCUGUGAUCCUC